CAAGAGGAUAAGAGCAUAAGUGCAACAGUAGGUACCCACAUUUCAGGAAUACACAAACGCUAAGGCAACGCUACGCAUAGCUUAAAAAUAGAAGGAAAAUGGUUCUAGUUUCGACUCGUGACUGUUCAAUGUUUAAAGGAAACCACAUGAUCUAAGAAAAUUACUCUCUGAGGAAGGAGCAUUAACACUUUGGUUAUCCAUUUAUCACUGAAAUGGAAGAGGCACAUUUUGAUCCGUACAAUAAAGAAGUAGAUGAUCUUUGGGCGCCGUUAGAAAAAGAAAUAAAGGAAAAAGCACCACUAGCGACUGUUAUUCCUUGUGAAAAAGAGUAUCCUGAUAGGCCUUCUCAAUACAAACAAAGAGAAUUUCAUAGUGACAUGACACGAUCUGAAGCUGACAUUCUCUUGUCUAAGGCUUCUUAUGGCACUUAUUUUGUUCGAAAAAGCAACACUUUACCUGGAAGACACGUACUUUCGUUAAGACUCAAUAAUUCUCUCGUCAAGCACUACACGUUAUCUCAUAAAAAUGGAAUGCAUAUCGUAGGCGAUAAGGAAUUUGGAAACCUUGAGGAUCUUGUUAAUGCAAUCGUAGAAUGUGAACACCUCAACGCUUACGUAGACGACUUUGCUGCCAUACAUCAAAAGAGAGCAAGCCUUGAAAGACAUGAGAUUCCCCGUGAUGACUGCGAGAUUCUUCCUCCUCCUCCUGCUUUCGCAAACGAAGACGACUCAACUGCCAUUCAUCCAAAGAGAGUAAGCCUUGAAAGAUAUCAGAUUCCCAGUGAUGACUGUGGGAUUCCUCCUGGCACCGAGAGUGAACAAGAUAGUUUCAGGCAAAGUAGCAGCAGCGAUCAAAAUGGUGGAAAAGUUCCUCUAGAGAUUCUUGCUCGUGGAUCCCUGAUCCAACACGCUUACCACAGAGCCCUUGAGGAGGGAAAGACAACUGUGAAGAGAGUGCCCAUGAUGUUUAUAGGACAAGGCCAGGCAGGAAAAACCAGUUUAAAAAAGUCACUUAUAGGAGAGAAAUUCGAUCCAUACGAAAGAAGUACCGCAGGGAUAGAGGCGGAUCCCUCCUACUGUAACGUAUCAACGGAGGUUUGGAAAGUAGGUGAGCGAUCCGAAGAGGAGAGUUCCAAUGCAUUGCCGUUUUCGUAUGAACACAGCACCGCUCAGUAUAUUUUGGAUCGCCUCAAACGAGAAAGAAAAGAACGCAACUCAGAAGACAUGACUUUGUGUGCCGCAGUCUCACAUGACAAUCUUUACUCAGCACAAGGAGAAGCAGGAAAGGGAGACAUAUCAGAAGUACCAAAGACGUCCAGCAAACCAGAUGUAUCUGAGAUUUCAAGAAUGCAAAGCCAGCAGGUACCAGAAGAGGUAUCAACAUUGAUUGAGAAGCUGCUUAAAAUGGACGACAGCAAGAAAGAUGACGAUAGAAUCUAUUCCGUCCUGUGGGAUUUUGGUGGACAGUCAGUCUAUUACGUCACUCACUCCAUGUUCCUUACCGUGAGAGCAAUUUAUUUUUUGGUUUACAACCUAAGUUGGGAUCCUGAUGAAGUGGCCAGCCAUCGAGUAAGGCAAGGUGUUUUCAAUAUUCAAGAUGGUUUUUGCGAUAAAACUAACAAGGAUUAUCUCGAUUUUUGGAUGUCCUCUGUGUCUACCUUAGUAUCUCAAGACGAAGUCGUACAGGGAGCAGCUACAUCUACGACGUCAGAAAGGAUGCCUCUAGUUUUUCUUGUUUGCACGCACGCUGACAAGGCCUACAAGAAUAAAGAUCCUGAGGAGAUAGCUCAAGAAUUGUUUUCAUCUUUAAAGGCUGAAUGCUACGGCGAGCAUUUGCAAGGCUACUUCGUUGUGGAUAAUACGAAGUCCGGUGGUGAAGAAAAGGAAUGUGCUGGUGUUACACGUCUGAGGGAAGAGGUUCAUAAUGUUGUAAAGAACCUGCCACAAAUGAAAGAGGCUUUACCGAUCAAAUGGUUAAAGUAUGAGAAGGCCUUACAGGGCAUGCUUCAAGAUGAAGUAAAGUGGAUUUAUUACGACGAAGCUUGGAGAAUUGCAAAAGAAGAAUGUGGAAUUUUGAGUGAAGAUCAGUUUCAGGUAUUACUGACCUUUCUACACGACCAGAGAAGUUUAAUUCAUUUCGAUGACACUCCAGAUUUGAAGAAGAUUGUUAUCUUGGAUCCCCAGUGGUUGAUAGACAUCUUCAAAAAAGUCAUUGCCAUUAAACCUUCGGAGAAGAAAGGAAAGAAAUUCGAGGAAUUGUGGUUAAAGCUUGAGACAACGGGAAUUUUGGAUGAGAGACUAUUACAGCAUGUGUGGCGCCCAUUUUUUGAUGUAAAUGAAACAUCGUCCAGCCUUGUGGCGUUGAUGAAGAAGUUCUGUUUGCUGUGUCCCUGGCCUUCUUCGUCAGACAAAAACUUAUCCAAAGAAUACCUUGUACCUUCCAUGUUGAUGUUUCCACCCAAGGAGGACAUCAAUCAGCUCAUCGCCUCUUCAGGUAUCCCAUCCCUAUUUGUUAAGUUUGCAUCCGGCCGAGUUCCCCCCGGCUUGUUCCCUCGCCUGGUGCUGGAUAUCUUUCAGUGGUUCACCGACUACUUUCGCAGCAAGGUGCAGCCUAAACUACACCAAAACUUUGCAAGAUUCUUUAUUGACCCAGAACAAGGCUGUUCUGUAAUCCUUUUAUGCCGUUCCUCUUUCGUAGAGGUUGUCGUUCACAAGAAAACUAUUAAGUCAUUUGGAGAAACAAAUUACGACGACUUCCAGGUAGCUGUUGCUAAAAAGGUGUGUUGUAAGCUAGGUUUGAUUCUUGAAUGCAUGCGAGGAGAGUUCCAUUGGUUGAAGAAUAUGGCGUACGAAAUGUCAGUGUGUUGCCCAGUUUGUUGUACACGAGAGUUUGCAAGCCACUGCUGCAAUCAUAAUGUGCGUCGUUGCAAGGAAGAGAAGUGUUUGCAUUUCUGGUCUGAGUCUGAGUUGCGUGACGUUCAGGAGCCCCUCUUAUGUACGAGGUCUGGUGUUGUUGACGACUAUAGAGUUCCUGUCGCACGUAUGGGGGUUUGGUUUCGCAAACAGCAAGAUGUUGAAGGACUUGGCUCUACAGCUGAUGUGUAUCUUGGGAAUAUGAUUGAAGGUGUUGACGAGCAAGCCCUUGUUCUCCCUAAUGAAGUGCUGUUAGAGAAGUCCGAUGCUAAUCAUGUCAUUGCUAAAGUACAAGAAAAUCUCUCAUUGGAACACAAAGCACUGAUAGAGCCAGACUCAGAGACUAAGCGCCAGAUUCGCUGCCUGUGUUUACGGGCGAAAUCUCUAGGGAGACUUGAUGUAGUGGAAAGGUUACGGGAGAUUGCACCUGCUGGCACAACAGGUCCUUUGUUACCUGAAGCUCGUGACGUGGCGACUAUUCCCGCUCGCCAGAGGCAAAAUUUGACGAUUCAUUUGUGUGGUGGAAAUGAAUGGAAGUUAUUAGCAGAGCGACUGGGUUUGAGUCUGAUGGAAAUCCUUUUUUUCGACAAGCGACUAUUAAACCCUUGUGAGGCCGCCUUGGGGUAUGCCCGUGAGCGAGGCUAUAUUCAUAGUGUAGGAGAAUUGUACGACAUGCUUGUAGAAUGUGGCUUCCCAAUGUUAGCAGAUUUGCUUUAGAGAAGAGAGGGUAAUAGUUGUUGUCUGAAUUAUUGAUUUUCUUUGUCAUGAAACGACUUCUCUAAAUAUCGAAUUGGUCAGUUAAUUGAGUUACGAGUUUUAAGAGUUACGAGUUGUACAAGUUUUAGAACAGGAUAGGCUCACACCAACUUUGAAUCCUUUCGUUCGUAGGGGUAUAAGCAGAAUUGCAUUGAUAUAUUAAGAAAAAUGGAGAUUUCCGUUGCGCUCGUUAAGAAAACCAAGAAGAAGUUAACCUGCUUCUAUUUUCAACGUAGUUUUGACGUAAGCUUAUGGACCGAGGUUUCUGAAAAGUAAAAUAGUUUCAUGCUGUACUUUUAAAUGUGCAGUAUAACUAAUUUUUCUACUGGGCAAUGCCUGUUUUAAGUAAAGUGCAACUUUAUUUCAAAAGGAGUGCCCAUUUAGCUCAAACGCUUAUAGCCAUAAGGGCCCUGCAUCUUAACAAUUAAACGAAUGAACGAAUUGAAAUUACAGUAUCUAAGAAGCCCGAAUAUCAAGAUUCCUCUGUUGGACGGUCAUUUGCAAAUGUAGUGCUAGGAAGAUUGGCUUGUUAACACUUGCUGGAGGGAAUGCGAAAAAAAAGUAACCUAAACCAUAGGGAUUGUUGAAAUAAAUCCUCUCGUGAUUUUUUAGCAAAAAGACGUAAAGAAUGAGAAGGAUGGUAAAUUUUGAGUUCAGUAAAGAAAUAUAGAAAGAUGUUUUUCGUCUUGUCCCUCAUGGGGACUCAGAUUUUUUUCCUUGUCCCACGCUCGUGACAAGACGGAAAACAUUGCUGAUCCUAGCAGCACGCAGGACGCGUGUCAUCUUUGAACUUCGUAAUAGGCCUUGCUCAUCAUACAGUCUCUGUGGCUCAGUGGCAGAGCAUCGGAGCGCAGAAUCCGAAGGUCUGAGUUUCGAUUCCUCAUGGGGACUCAGUAUUUCUUCUUUGUCCCACGCUCGUGACUGUAAAAUAAAUGAUAGAAUUGCGCGUGCUCGUAAUUGAGGGGAAACUGAACAUCAAUGAGCAGUUGGUCGUCGUAGUAACGAACGGUACUACAAAUGAAAAUCUAUCUCUUGGAAAAUUUCUUUAAAGGGCCGCGCUCAACCAGUAUGCUUUGCACGCCAUUGUUAUUGUUAUUGUCUGGUAACUUGAUACUUUUUUCUCACAAAAUGAACGGAAACGGCAAAGAAGACCGCAACGGCAGUGGCUUUGCCAAUAGUGUCAUGGCAAAAAAGAAAAGGGUAUUAUCACACAGAGCACAACUAAAUCGCUACUUUGAGAGAGGUAUAUUGAUGACGCUCUUUCUCUGUGGAACAGACAAAAAAGGUCACUCAAAAACUUACAUGGGUUUAGGUUUGCAAUCGAAUAUAAACGACCCAAGUGCUGAGAGGACCUUUCUAUUCGACUUUCCUCCGAAAUGCUGUGUAGUAGGGCCUCUAGAAACUCGCUGCUCGUUUUCUCUCUAAAUACCCCCGCUAAGCAUCCUGGUUUAGCGUGGCCUUGUAAGUUUGAGUUACUUGGGCUAGAGUCAGGCGGAUGAUAUUGCAUUAGGAACCAUAUAUCAACUAAAUUUCAUCCAUUAAUAAGCAAUUUUUCAAGAAUUGAGAUUGUGACGUUUGAGGUUUAGAUUACAUAUGAAAAAGUUUCAAAAACAAGUUGACCGGUCGAACUGGUAGUUACAUUUCUUUAACAUUUAUCGUCUGAUGCGGAAUUUUUGUUCCGCUCGCUGGUUCAACUGAGGACUAUAUCUAUCACACUGUCUACGUUCUAUUUUAACACGGAGUUUUUUCUUCUACCUCUCAAGGGUUCUAUUACAGUGUACGUGCACUUCAGUUUUUCUGCUGUCUUACACAAUACAGUGCUAUAAUCUAUCACAUGCACAGCUUACAGUAAUAUAACUAUCGUACGAUAUAUCAAGCCUAAUUCACAUGAUCCCUUCCUUAUUUGGUUCAAUUAGCGCGUGCAAAGUACAUCAGCUGAUAAACUGUGCACUAAGUUCAAUUUACUGAGAAUCGAUGCAAUCUAUUACGUAAUCAUUUAACUAAUUCCUUUUACGAUUAAUAUUUGACUUAUUAUUAAUGAGCAACUAACUUAUUCCCCGACAUCGUCUCUUGAACAACCGAACUUAGGCAGGUAUUUUUAUACGCAACGACGACAUUCAACUGAUUUGAGUUUGAAAUGGUAGUAUCAUAGAACAGCUUUCCAUUAUAUAUCUAAUGAGGGUCAUUUCGUUCUGCUUAGUGUCUCUAAAACAGCUAAAGAAAAAGACGAAUCAUUUUUGAUAGAAUUUAGUUUUAUACUUAUUUUGUGUAAUAUUCGAAACUGCAGAGGCAUUCACAUAACUUUGUAAUGACAUUAAAUGAUAUAAAUGGCUGUCAAACCAAA